AUGCCACCACUCCUACUCCUGCUGACCUUUCUUCUGCCCCCUGAGGCUGGGACAGAGGAGAUCAUCGGGGGUCACGAGGCCAAGCCCCACUCCCGCCCCUACAUGGCAUUGGUCCUGUUUACCUCUGGCGAGAAGAGGAGCUGUGGUGGUGUCCUGGUGCAAGAGGGAUUUGUGCUGACUGCUGCUCACUGCGAGGGAAGCUCAGUGAAAGUCAUCCUGGGGGCCCACAACAUCAAGAGACCAGAGAAGACCCAGGAGGUCAUCCGUGUGAGAAAAGCCACCCCACACCCAGACUUUGUUCAUAAAACCUUAUCCAAUGACAUCCUGCUGCUGCAGCUGGAGAAAAAGGCCACACUGACUAAAGCUGUGCAGCCCCUCAGGCUGCCCAUGGGCAAUACCGAGGUGAGGCCUGUGGCCCUGUGCCACGUGGCUGGAUGGAGACGGCUGGGCCCAGAGGGGGUAUAUCCAAGCACACUGCAGGAGGUGGAGGUGACAGUGCAGAAGGAUGAGAAGUGUCAGACCUGCUUUAAAAGGUUUUACAACAGUGCCACCCAGAUGUGUGUGCCUUCAAGUAGCCUGAAACCAAUGGUCCCACACAACUCUAUAGGGAGAAGAACCCAAGAAACGAGGGUGAGGACAAAGGCUGACGCCCAGAGUGAGGGCGACUCUGGAGGCCCUCUGUGUAAUAAUGUGUUCCAGGCCAUGGUCUCCUAUGGAAAAAGGAAUGGGAACCCUCCACAGGUCUUCCCCGAAGUCUCACCAUUUUUACACUGGAUAAAAGAAAUCAUGAAACACCACUGA